GGCAGACCCUUCUUCUUCUUGUUUUUCCUACUUUUGGACACUUUAGGCGCGUUAUUACGCACGGUGCGCAAAGGGAUGGCUCCUCUGCUAAGACGCCAAACGGGAGCACAUCAAGUUUUUUACGUCUAUCUCUCCUUUUCACUGGCUUAUUCCUACAAUAUAGACUUGGAACACCCUUUGGUGUUCCGCGGACCAAACUCAAGUUUCUUUGGCUACUCUGUUUUGGAGCAUUAUCAUGACAACACGCGCUGGGUCAUAGUGGGAGCGCCCAAGGCAAACUCUUCCUUUAGCAGCUCUGUGCGCUCCCCUGGAGCCGUGUUUAAGUGUCGGGUCCACAGCAACCCGGAGCGGCGCUGCACAGAGAUGGAUCUGGGAAGAGGAAACAGGCUGAGGGAGUCGUGUGGGAAGACGUGCCAAGGAGACAGGGACGAUGAGUGGAUGGGGGUCAGCCUGGCCCGCCAGGACAGAGUGAACGGGCAAAUCCUGGCUUGUGCUCACCGCUGGAAAAACAUCUACUACAACUCGGAACACAUCCUUCCUCACGGAUACUGCUCUGUGAUCCCUGCAACGCUUCAGGGCAGGACGAAACCGCUCAUACCUUGUUAUGAAGACUAUAAGCAGAAGUACGGGGAAGAGCACGGCUCGUGCCAAGCUGGGAUAGCAGGAGUUUUCACAGAGGAACUGGUUGUGAUGGGGGCCCCAGGUUCGUACUACUGGACUGGGACGAUCAAGGUGUACAAUCUAACGUCUGACACCUUCUACAGCCCGAACAAAGACAACAUUGACUCCCACAGAUACAGCUACCUCGGCUACGCUGUGACUGCAGGACACUUCUCCUCUCCUAAUGUAAUUGACAUAGCUGCGGGGGCACCUCAGCACAACGGCGUUGGAAAAGUUUACGUUUUCAAAAUUGAUGGCGUGUCUUUGGUGAAGAGUUUUCAAGCCUCAGGGAAAAUGAUGGGCUCUUACUUUGGCUCCUCAUUGUGUGCAGUUGAUCUGAACCAGGACGGCUUGUCGGACCUGCUGGUGGGGGCACCCAUGCACAGCCAGCUCCGGGACGAAGGCCAAGUGUCUGUGUACAUCAGCAAGGGCAACGGGGUGAUGGAGGAGGGUGCAGUUCUGACUGGGGACAAUGCUUUCAAUGCCCACUUCGGAGAGUGCCUUGCAGCGAUUGGAGACAUAGAUGACGAUGGUUAUCAAGAUGUAGCCAUAGGAGCGCCUAAAGAGGAUGACUAUGGAGGAGCUGUCUAUAUCUAUCAUGGGGAUACCACAGGAAUCAUUACAAAACACUCCAUGAAACUGUCUGGGCGCAGCGUGAGCCCUGGUCUGCAGAUGUUUGGCCAGUCCAUCUCUGGGAAUGUGGAUAUGGAUGACAAUGGAUACACAGAUGUAACUAUUGGAGCUUUCAUGGCGGACAGUGUGGUGCUGUUAAGGUCCCGGCCUGUCAUUACAGUGGAUGUCUCCAUCUUCCUUCCUAUCUCCAUCAACAUCUCUACGCCGCAGUGCCACGAGGGCCACCAGAACCUCAACUGUUUCAACGUCACCGUUUGCAUGCGCUUUCGGGGAAGACAGCUGCCCGGACAAAUAGAGUUGCUGUACAACUUGACUGCUGAUGUUGAUAAGCGACAGAAGGCCCAGCCUUCCCGGAUUUACCUCAGCCAAGCUGGAGCUCAGACCAGCCAGCUGAGCCAGCAUCUGAGCCUGGACAUCAACAGGGAGAGGUGUCAGCGCUACACGGCCUACGUUAAGAAAGACGUGAAGGACGUGUUCACGGCCAUCUCGUUCGAGGUGGCGUACGGCUUGGGGAAGCAUGUGGUGACUGGACACCAGGAGCAAGACCUGCCCGCUCUCACUCCGGUACUGAGGUGGAGGCAAGGAAACAAGAUUGCAGUGAAAAAUGAGACCUGGUUUGAGAAGAACUGUCUGUCAGACGACUGUGCUGCAGACCUGAGGCUUCACGGGAAACUGCUGCUUUCUGGGCGACAUAUCAAACCCCAUUUGGCCCUUGGAGGAGUGAGGAACAUCUCCUUAAACGUGACCAUCUUCAACGCUGGAGACGACGCAUACGACACCAACGUCUACUUCAACUUCUCCAGAGAAGUUUUCUACAUCAACUUCUGGCAGAAGGAAGAAAAGGGUAUUUCCUGUGAGCUUGUCGAUUUGGAUUUCCUCAAGUGCGCAGUGGGAUUUCCCUUCAUGAGGGCACAAACUAAGUAUCAUUUUGCAGUGAUUUUUGACACAACUCGACUUUCUGGGGAAAAUGAUACGUUGCAGUUUUUAGUUCAAGCUAAAAGCGCCAAUCCAGAGCACAAUCUCUCUGAUAACAGUUUAGAUCUGUCCAUCCCGCUGAUCCAUGAGACAGACACCACCAUUACAGGUGUGGUAACACCAAACUCCUUUGUGUAUGGAAACUCCAUCGAUGCAUCGCGUUUCGUCCAGUUGGAAAACAUGGAAUGCAACUUUCAGCCUCUAAAUCUGACUUUCCAGGCCAUAAACAAGGGCCCCAGCAGGCUGCCUGGCUCCACGGUGGACAUCAGGAUUCCCAACCGGCUGGCUGGAAACGGAGCUGACAUGUUCCACGUCAUUGAAACUCAGGUGGCGGACAGUCGAGGGAACUGCACCCCUCACAGGAACCCGACACCAUGCACCAUCCCCCAGGACAAAGAAAGCAUCUUCCACUCCAUAUUUGCCUUUUUCACCAAAUCAGGGCGCAAAGUCUUGGACUGUGACCGGCCUGGGCGAGCAUGUAUGACUAUUUCCUGCAGCCUGGGUCCACAGCUGAAAGAAGAAGCUUUGAGCAUAGAAAUAAAACUCCUACUGAACACUGAAAUUUUGAAAAUAGAUAGUUCCUCUGUGAUCCAGUUUGUCACAAGGGGCAGUGUAGAAGUAAACGACAGGGCAGUGGAGGUGCCAAACGGCCUGCCAGAAGAACUUUCUCUGGUGUUCGAGGCUCUCCACAGUCAGGAACCGAGGGGUUACGUAGUUGGCUGGAUCAUUGCCAUCAGUCUCCUGGUGGGAAUCCUCAUCUUUUUGCUUUUAGCUGUGCUGCUGUGGAAGAUGGGAUUCUUCCGUCGGCGCUACAGGGAGAUCCUUGAAGCUGAAAAGAACAGGAAAGACAGCGAUGAAAGCUGGGACUGGAUGGACAAGGACCAUUGA